AUGGGAUACGAAGCCAUCAAAUUCAAGGAAUUUGAGUUCUGGUAUUAUCGAUUUUCACGUGGAGAAUUCGAUUUGGAUUACGAUGUUGGGUCGAUUAUCUCAAACCUCGAAUUAUCCAAUUUGCAUAAUGAUGCUAUCGAGAAAAUCAUUGAGAAAUGUGAUCUCAAAGAGCAGUUGACUCUCCGAAAAGUGUCGAAAGACCUGCGUUCUCUCGUCGAUAAACAGAAAAUUGCAUACAAAUCGAUCCACAUUCAUCUGAUGGAUUCGCAUAUCUUUUGUGUGUACAACGACAAAAAGGUUGUGUAUGCCAGCGAGAAUUGGGAUGAGAAUAAGCAACAUGGUGGUUUCGAUAAUAAGAAAUCUUUCACUAUCAGAGGCGAAGAUUAUGUGGAAAUCGCUUUGAAUGAUUUGUCGAUUGCACUGAAUAAUCCAAAAUUGCGAUUGGAUAAAUUGAUCGUCAGCUAUUACUACAAUGAUAGAAUGAGACUAUUCAGAUUGAAUAGCCUUCUGCAACAUCUGAAUCAUCAAAUACACGUCAAAGAAUUGUCAGUCCAAGCGAAUGUUCCGGAAGAUAUUCAUAAGAAUCUUCUAUCGAUUCUUCCCUGCUUGAAACCGAAGGAACUCGUGAAUAUUGGAGUUUUCGUAGAAGACCCUGACGAUUGGGUACCGGAACAAGCAUUGAAAUGCGUCAAGGAAAUCGCGAAUCUGGAGCAAUGGAAGCAAGCGGAAGAACUUACUCUAGACCUUUUCAAUCUCUUCCCAUUGGAAUUUGUCAUGAAUUUCAAACGUUUUGAUAUUUUUACAAGUGGUUUGGACGAGGAUUUCUUGAUGAAUCUCAGAGAUUUAUUCUCCAUGUCUACCAACUUCCAGUCAUGCACUGUCGGUACAUACGGUAUUCUCUCCAGCUGCACUGAAUACCUCGAAUCGGUCUGUGAAAGAAUGAAAUCUGGAGAUCCAUCCGUCGUCCUCUACCACUGUAAAAUUCCUGAAAAUUCGAGCAAGAUUUUUGAGUUUAAAGUAGACUAUAAUGAAUACCAAAUUGAUAUCGAGAAGAAGAAUUUUUGA